AUGCGGCUCGCCAUCCAAGGCUGUAGUCACGGCGAGCUCGACGCCAUCCACGCCUCGCUCCUUCGUAUCGAGCGCGAGCAGUCUCUUCCCAUCGACGCCCUCCUCCUCUGCGGCGAUUUUCAAGCGAUUCGCAACCAUUCCGACCUGCACGCUCUUGCCGUACCCCAGAAGUACCUUCAGCUGGGCGACUUCCACUCCUACUACUCGGGCGAGAAGGUGGCGCCCGUCCUAACGCUUGUCAUCGGCGGCAAUCAUGAGGCGAGCAACUACAUGCACGAGCUGUACCACGGUGGAUGGCUUGCGCCUAACAUUUACUUCCUCGGCGCUGCAGGGGUGGUCGAGCUCGGUGGACUGGUGGUGAGUGGGAUAUCGGGGAUAUGGAAGCAGAACGAUUACAACAAGGGUAGAUUUGAAAGGCUGCCCUACGACGCAGGGACCGUGAGGAGCAGCUACCAUACCAGGGAGUUCGAUGUGAUGCGUCUCAAGGCAAUGGCGGGGUCACAAGUUGACAUUGCUAUGUCGCAUGAUUGGCCAAAUACCAUCGAACAAUGGGGAGAUACAAAGUGGUUGAUACAGAAGAAGCCAUAUUUCAAGGACGAGAUCGAGGCGAGCACGCUCGGUUCCCCGCCGGCCAUGGAAUUGCUCCAGUUGCUGAAGCCAUCGUUUUGGUUCUCGGCGCAUCUUCAUGUACGUUUCGCGGCGAUCUACACGCACGACUCCACAGCAAACGGCAAAGCGGAUCAAGCCACUGCUUUGGCAAGCAACGCGAACCCAGAAGCGCUGGAUAUCAGCCUCGACUCGGACGACGACGAUGCCCAAGCCACGGCUACCCUCGGCAAUCCCCUGGCAGCGGAAGCCAACACCGCAGAAUCGCGACCCUCAUCCAGCAACCGUCCGGUCAGCCCAACGUCGUCCUCGGCUCCCGUCACCCGCUUCCUCGCGCUCCACAAAUGUCUCUCGCACUCUCCCUUCCUCCAAAUCAUCGACCACCCCUCACCACACGAUUCUGACUUGGAAGCACGCAAAUCCGCGCUCAACUACACACAGCGCAUUCCGCCCACGUUCCGCUACUCCAAACGGUGGUUGGCCAUCACACGUGCGACCCACGCCCACUUCUCCACCCAAUACCGCCAGCCGUCGCUUCCUGACCCUUUGUCGCCCGCAUUCCAGGCGCAGGUGGAGGCGGAGGAGCGCUGGAUCGAGCAACACAUCCUGUCGUCUCCCCGCAGUGGCAAGCGGAAACAGGACGAUCGCGAUGGACUCGCCUCCACCGGGUCAGCAGAGGAGCAAGGGGACUCAUUGGACAUUCAUCGCAUCCAACAAUUCGUCCGCACCGCACCGGCGCCCUUCGAGCCAGGCGGAUUGAACACCGGCCCCCCGGCGUGGUAUACCAAUCCGCAAACCGAGGCGUUCUGUGCGUUUGUGGGGAUCGAAAACAAGAUCAAUCCGAGACCGAGCGGGUUUGCGCCAGCAGCUCAGGUGUAUGUGCCGCCACACGCUCGGGCGCCGCCAGUAGCUACAGCAGAAGGAGGCGCCCAGGAGGACGUGGCUGAUCCAAACGCGCUCGCUAUCGAUAUGGACGAUCUCGAUGACGGAGACGAGGCACCGGCAGCAGGAGGAGAUGAUCAGAGCGAGGAGGUAUUGCGAUUGUCGGAUGACGAAGAUGAGCUGCAUGCUCGGUGGAAGGAAGGCACUGGCUAA